UUCCAAGCCGUCCACCCGCCGCUGAGUGUUCCAACAGACAUUUCGCUCUCACAGCAUCUGUCUAUCCAGGAAAAGGGCGUCUCUGCAUGGGAGUUCGAGGCUUCGUAUGACAACCACAGGGUGCAGGUCCAUGACAGGACAGAGCUCUCAUUUCCGCUCAUGAACCAACUCGAGGCCUCGGUCCAGACCAAUCUGCCCAUGCCCAAGCAACAGGAAGUCUACUACUGGGAAGUCAAGAUGUUUGAAAAGAAUCUCGACACCGUCGUCUCUGUCGGAGUCUCGACAAAGCCAUAUCCCAAUACGAGGUUGCCUGGAUGGACUCGCCAUUCGGUCGCCUACUGCUCAAAGGACGGACAAAAGUACUGCAACUCGCCUUUCAGUGGAUAUCCAUACGGACCUGUCUAUUUUGAGGGCGAUGUCAUCGGCUGUGGGUACCGUCCACGGACAGGAACCAUUUUUUUCACACGGAACGGCAAACGAAUGGAGGAUGCGUAUACUGGACUAAGGUUCAAUUUAUUUCCGACCGUCGGCGCAACGGGACCGUGUGUCUUACAUGUCAAUCUGGGUCAAUCAGGCUUUGUCUUUGUCGAGGCCAAUGUGAAAAAGUGGGGACUUGCGCCUGCGAAUGGCUCACUGGUGCCACCGCCCGCAUACGGCAGUGAGCGGGGGUCUAUUCUAUUGGAGGCCGGAUCGGCC